AUGGCGGUAUUGAGCCUGCGAUCCCUUUAUUGUACAACCGCUACUCCCAGUCCACGUGAAUGUUCUCGAGAUUUCAUCAUGGCGUGCGAUAAGGAAAGUCUGAUCGAGAAGUUACACGAUAUCCAGGCCAUAAAAUUUGGUGAUUUCACCUUGAAAAGCGGAAUACAAUCCCCAGUGUAUGUUGACUUGCGUGUGAUCGUUUCGUAUCCGGAAAUUCUGAAGCAAAUCAGUGGUAUGUUAUGGGAUGUCGCAACCUCAUCGCGAGCAGAUUUUUCUGUAAUUUGCGGCGUUCCUUACACCGCUUUACCGAUUGCGUCUGCUAUCUCAGUUAGCCAAAAUGUCCCGAUGGUGAUGCGAAGAAAAGAAGCUAAAUCAUAUGGAACGAAGCGGCUGAUCGAGGGUGUUUUUACUCCGAAGAGUAAUUGUUUGGUAAUCGAAGAUGUAGUCACUAGUGGCUCGAGUGUUCUUGAAACUGUAGAAGCCCUUGCUUCGGUAGAAUUAGUCGUUUCGGACGCUGUAGUUUUGUUAGAUCGCUUUCAAGGCGGAAAGGAGAUGCUUCAAUUUCAGGGUGUUAAGCUUCACAGUCUUCUAACGCUCCCUGAAGUUCUUGAUGUGCUUUUGGCAAAGGGAAAAGUUGGUCAAGAAAUGGCGGGAAAAGUUAGUGAAUUUCUGUCAACAAACACGUUUACGCCACCAGCAGUUGCCAAAGUACCGGCCAAACCAGGAAGUAAACUUAGCUUCGAAGCAAGAGCGCAGAUUGCAAGUAAUUCAGUCACCAAAAAGUUAUUUGAGGUAAUGCAUAUCAAGAAAUCAAACCUGGCAGUCUCUGUUGAUUUCACCAGCUGUGAUAAAGUUUUGAGUCUUGUUGACAAGAUUGGGCCCCAUGUUUGCAUCGUGAAAACACACGUUGACAUUCUGGAAGAUUUCACCCCAGAAUUUGCCAAAUCACUUCAAAUGCUUGCUGCAAAGCACAACGUUUUGAUCUUUGAAGAUAGGAAGUUUGCUGAUAUUGGCAACACCGUCAAGAAUCAGUACUCCAAAGGGUUGUAUCAUAUUGCAGAAUGGGCAGAUCUGGUUAAUGCACAUGUAGUUCCUGGGGAUGGUGUGAUUAAUGGCCUCAAAGAAGUUGGUUUGCCACUUGGAAAGGCAUGUCUGCUGAUUGGAGAAAUGAGCUCCAAGGGAACAUUGGCUACUGGGGAAUACACAAAGGCAGCUGCAGACAUGGCACAGGCUCACAAAGACUUUGUCAUGGGGUUCAUUAGCUUGUCAUGUUUGGUUAAUGAUCCUCAGUUUGUUCAUAUGACCCCUGGGGUACAGCUUAGUGCCGGAGGAGAUAACCUUGGCCAACAGUACCUCACCCCUGAAGAAGUCAUUCUAAACCGAGGCAGUGAUGUUAUAAUCGUUGGAAGAGGUAUCUACCAGGCUGAGGAUCCUGUUAAGGCAGCAGCUCAAUAUAAAGAAGCAGCAUAUGCAGCUUAUAUGCAAAGAACUGAAACUGAAUGAUGAGUUGGUGACAUUGGAAUUUAUUACACAGUGGUUUUGCUCAGAAGCGAAGACUUUAACUGGUAGCAAUCAAUCAAUGUAAAUUAUGAAUUUUUACAUCAAAUCUCAUUCUAUCUUCAAUGACCUUUUUUGUAUCUUUGAAAUUACUAGCAUGACACACACCAUUGACCACAGAGUUAGUCUUGCAGUUUAGAAGCAUAUCCACAAAAUGUUGAUUGGUAGGUCUAACCUUUGAUCCAAUAAUAAGGCACAAUAAUAACUUCUCUUCACAAGUGCUUCAUUUUCCCAAACAAGUAAGCAAAGAGCUAUUUGGUUUGUAAUAUGCAAUCCUGCUAUUGCAAGAAUUUUUGUGUUAGUCAAGUAAUAAUAGAAACCCAUGGGUGUGACAAGAAGUGUGUGUGUUUCAGGGGG